AUGAGGCAUAGAAAUAGGCCUGAACCUCUUCCAACAGUUUCUUUUAACGAUAAAAGCUUCAAAAAUAAUGAUAAAGGUGAAGAAGAAGAUGAAAGACUGGCUUAUCUUGAGCAGCUAAGAACUAUGAGUCCUAUUUCUUUUAAACGGAAAGAUCCAAUAAUGUCAGAACCUGCACAAAUUUUAGCAAUCAUUCCACACAACCUAGGAAAAAUCCAAAAAUUAACUGCCUAUAAAAAUGAUUUAGCAACUAUUUUCCGUCAAGAAAAUAAUCAAAAAUCACAAUUUACUGAAUCAAUUAUUAAACCUAUGAAGGAUUUUACUGAAAAAUCCUUUCAUAAAGAAAUAGAAACCCUGGAAAAUACCUUAAAAGAGAAAAAAAGAAGCUUAAAUCACCUCCCCUUAUUUUUUGGGUAAAAACUCACCCUCCGUUAGCAAAAUAAAAAUUUUUUAUGAAAAAGGAAUUUGAAAUGAAAUCUGUAGUAAUUAUGUUGAACUUUAAACAGCUUGAUUUUAAAGCGUAAAUUUUUACAAAUUAGAUCAACUUUUUCUUUCAAAUUUUUGUGAAUUGGGACUAUUUCAAAAAUUUCGAAAAAUAUUUUAAUACAAGAUUGAUUUAUAAAUUUUUUUAAAAAAAAUUAACUUCCUUGUAAGCAAUCAUAAUUUGUUGUUUGCCUACGGAAGGAAGUGGAGUGAGCACAAAAUACCCACAGAGCACUCACCAUUAUUUCAAAAAGAACUUACUCUCCCUUAAUGAUCGAGCAAAAUAUUAUUUUAAUUAAAGGGGUUUAAUUUUAUUUUAUAAUUAUAUAUGAAGUAGUCUUUUUCUGACUUAAAAAUCUAUUUAAUUAAGAUUAAGAUUAAGAUUACGCUGGGUAUUUAAAGUCCCCACUUCGUCCGAGGAAGCAUUCUACGGUUUCCCGUAUGGUGGCAGAGCGUUCACCAAGCCGGGCCGAAAAACCCCAGUUUUCGGUAGAGGUAAUGGUCAAGGGACGUGUCAUACCGUCUUUGCUGACCGCCUCCAUUUCCAACUGGAUCGUCGCCUAAGUUUACGCCAACACUGCCGCGUCGUCCGCCAGAUCUGCCCAUUGAAGGGCACCUUUUAACUGGAGAGACUCCCGUUUAGUUGUCUAACUCGCCUUCCCCUCUUUUUCGGUCAUCCCGAGAAAGAACUCAACAGCUGUCGCCAUUCGGGGCGAGCCACAAAAGCAGCUUAGGCAGGUAAGUCGCCCUGCCUCAUUUCGGGCACUCACUGGGCUGAGCGCUGCUGGCAAAAAGAAGUCACGAGUAACUGCCCAUGGGUCUGGUCGCAAAAACAGCGGCCUUUGUGCUUAGACCUCUCGCUUUGAGGUCCCAAACGUUGCUGGGCUAACUCCUGACUCCAAAAACCAUGCCCGGAUAUACAUGGGUAGCCACCACUGAGAGGGUGGGUCGGUCACCAUCCGCCAUUUUAUGUACAUUAAAAAUCUAUUUAAUUAUGAAAUAUUUAAGGAUGUAAACUGUUUAAAAUUUAAUAGAAUCUGAGAAGAUCUUAUUAUAAUUUUUAUUGUAUAAUAAUUUUAAAUUAAAAAAAUAUUAUGCUCACAAAACAAAGUGGGUAUUUUUCCAAGAUAGUAAUUUGGCAGCACGGGGGAGUUAGGGAUUUUUUCCCCUGGAAUAGUAAGAAUAUUUCCUAAAGACGGCCGCCCUAAAACCCCAACCUCUGUAAAAAUGGCUCAAAAUGACUCAAAAUCUCCCCAUAUACAUAAAAAUGGCGACUGGAGAGCCAGCCCUUUUCCUCAACACCUGUAGCCGGGCACCCCGAGGACCUUAUGGAAGGGGAAAAGACGCUCGGAAUGUGUAUCCGGCUGGGUUUUACCUUGCACAGUGGAGCGCAAUGUCGAAUUUGGUCGACCGCAGUUCAUUCUGUCACCAAGGGUUUUUCCUCGAGGAGGAAGGGUCUUCCAAGUUGGAAAGGGGAAGCUCAGCAGCACCAGGAGUCUCCUCCUGAUCAAUCGGGCAAACCCCUAGCGCGAUACUGGGCGUUGCGUCCCGGGCUUGGAUUUCCUUUCUGGCCGACAGCCCUACCAGAAAAUUUGCUUUUCAAAAUUUUCGGAAUGGGCAACCUCGUACUCGCAGCCUCAAGCAAGGCCGCAGAAUUCCUAAAUCUGCCCACUCAAGACUGGAGCAAGGUUGUAGCUUGCAAGGAGGAGACAACCAACAGAACAGGCUGGCUGUAAAAUCAGAGUCCUGUAGGCGGAAGUCGCAAAGCGGAAGAACCCUCGAGGGGGUCUGGGUGACUGCGUUAACAAGUAACAGCUUAGCAGCUGAUAAUCUCUAAUUAAGAUUAAGACUCAAAAUCUCCCUCCCCAAAAAAAGCAAAUUUAAGUAAAAUUUCGACAAGGCUCAACAUUUCGCCACUAUAGCGUCUGCAGCGCUAUAGAUUUGCCUUGCGAGAGUUCCUCGCAGCAAUUUGGAGUUCUGACAAGCCACCUAAAGGUGACAAGUCAACUCCAAGUUGACAAAUCCUUGCAAAAGGGAAGCUUUUUGUCAACUUGGAGUUGGCUUGUCACCUUUAGGUGGCUCGUCAGAGCUCAAAAUUGCUGCGAUGAACUCUCGCAAAGGCAAAUCUAUAGCGCUUCAGACGCUAUACUCAAAAGAACAGAAGAAGUAAGACUAACGCCUAUGCACAGGCCUAAGCAUAUUGCCUCUCCACUAUCAAAAUCAAUUUCAAUAGAAAAUGGAGAAGAACUAGUCAAAGAUGAAAGUUCACAGCUUAGAAUUGAGUGCUAUAAAGGGGAUUAUUCAGGAGGAAAAAGGCACGGAAAAGGAGAAAUUGUGUAUAAUAAUGGAGAUUCCUAUUCUGGGAGCUGAGUAAAUAAUAAGAAAGAAGGGAAAGGCAGGUACUUCUAUAACCAUAUUGGUGCAGUUUAUAGUGGAGAAUGAUUCAAUAAUAAAAGGCACGGCCAGGGGAAGCUAAAAUUCAAAAAUGGUGAUAGAAUCUCAGGGACUUGAAUAGAAGGGAGACUAUCUGAAGACCACACCACAAUUGACUAUUCUGAUAAAGCUAAAUAUACUGGAGAGACAAAAAAUGGUCUCCGCCAUGGAUCAGGAACUAUAAAAUACAGCUGUGGCUUCUUCUAUAGAGGAAACUGAAAUAAUGAUAUUCGUGAAGGAAACGGCAUCAUUGUAUUCAAAAGAGAAAUAUUCUUUGAAGGGACUUUUCACAAUGAUUCUACUGAUGGCCCUGGAGUUUUGGUUAGAAAAGAUAUAAUUUAUGCAUCAUUAUAGAUCGCUAUAAGCCAGUAGAAUACUGACCAGAAAAAAAAAUGGUCCCAGGGCACCUACUUUAUGCAGUCUAAGUCUAAUUAGGCAUCUUAAAGCCAUAAACAGAGAUUUGGCAUUUUCUUUUUUACUUUUCUAAAAAGUUGACAAGUACAAAUUAAAUUUUUGAAAAUUAAAAUGGAUAGUCAUUAACGAUAUAAAGUAUUUCAGGAGUAUAUCAUUAAUUAUGAAAAAAUCAAUAGCUAUGAUGAUGAAAAUGACUCGCCGAGCGUCAUUUUUAUGUCAAAAGAUUAUGAUGCCUAUGACAGAAAAGCUGAAUUCGGGAACAUUUCCGUAUUCCUUGAAUUUAAUCAAAUUUCUCUGAAUUCUGAAGAUAUAGUUUUUAUUGCUUUAUUAUCAGAACAGCUCGAUAAAAGGCUAGAGAUCCAGCAUCCACAUAUAGAAUCUGGAAAUUUUAAAUCAGGAAAAUUAGGAGGGUAAUUUAUAUACAGAGCUGGACUAGCAAAAUAUGGAAUUUUUGGAAAAUAUGAAGGCUCCUUUAAAGAAGGUUGCAGGGCAGGAUGAGGAAGAAUGACUUAUUCAGAUCCUGAGCACAUCUGCAGCUGGUUUAAUGAGACUGAAGGAAAUUAUGUAGGAGAAUGAAAAGACGAUUUUAGGCAUGGAUCUGGCGUAAUGACAUGGCCAAAUGGCAUGAAAUAUGAAGGAAGAUAUAUAAGAGACCAUAGAAAUCAUGUCACUGGAAAAAUGACUUUUCAAAACGGAGAAAUUUAUGAUGGAGGAUGGGUUGACGAUAAAAUGGAAGGCGCAUGCACUUUUAAAAAGCAAAAUGGGGUUAUUUUUAAAGGACAGUUUUCAAGAGGUCUGCCAUCUGAUAUGGGAGUUUUAGAGUUUCCUGAUGGAGCUAGGUAUGAAGGAAAAAUAGAAAAAUGGGUUCCACAUGGAAUAGGGAAAAUGAGAUCUGCGAAUGGAGAUAUUUAUGAAGGCGAUUUUGAGGAAGGAAAAAUCAAUGGAGUUGGAACUAUGAUAUAUGCGAAUGGAGAUAUUUAUAGUGGAGAAUGGGAGAAUGGGAAGAAAAAUGGAAAAGGACAUAUGAAAUAUUCGAAAAAUGGAGAAACUUAUGAAGGAGAGUGGAUAAAUGAUUACAGAGAAGGCAAAGGAGUGCUGAAAGAUGCAGACGGGGAUGUUAUCUUUCUAGGGCAAUGGGCUAACGAUAAAAAAGAAGGAAGAGGGAGUAUCGCCCACACACCGAGUGGGAAAUUAGCUUUGGGCUACCUUUAA